AGCUCUAACCGAGAUCACUGGGAGCGAACAGCUCAGAUUACUGAAGCAGAUCAUUGCUUAUUCUCCAUGCAACUCUUAUCUUUAACAGUAUUGUAGAAAGGACCCUAAUGGGGGUAAUACUGAUUUUGCAUAAACAGGGCUAUUCUUUGCUGUAUUUUUCUGUAAACUGUUUUUGAAUUUACCCACAAGUAUAUCUAUUUAAAAUUACAAUGUGUAAACUGUUGACUAAAUUGACAUGCUUAAAUGCUUACACUACCUUGUGUCAUUUUGAAAUCAACAGUAAACAUAAAUUUAAUUGCAAUAUAUUUAUAUUUCAGUACAUAUCAAUAAUAUGUCAAACUAUUCACACAUGUAUUUCUAAUUGGGCAAAGCCUAUACAAAAGGAAAAAAUGAUUGCUUUUUUGAUACAUAGAUUCAGAAUGAACCUAAAGUGUCUUCACUGCCUUAAAAUUGUCUGUUUUCUUCCAUUUACAGCCUGUUUCCGUCUUUUCAACAAAGGACAUCCAGACAUGAAGACAUUUGAGAAACAAAUGGAGGAAGUUGUGAACAAAUAAUGGCCGACAAGACUGGUCCUAUGAUAGCCUCUGUGCCAAAUCAGUCUGUUACAAAUCUUACCACUGUCCAAUGGGAGCCCAAUCCUACCGUGCCUGCUGAUGCGAGCGUUGUCACAAGCUCCCAGUCACAGAUCAAAGACCUUUUUGGGUUGUUCUGCAUGGUGACCCUUAACCUCAUUGCUUUGUUGGCCAAUACGGGCGUGAUGGUGGCCAUUGCUCGUGCGCCUCAUCUGAAAAGGUUUGCUUUUGUGUGUCACCUCUGUGCAGUGGACCUGCUGUGUGCCAUCCUCCUCAUGCCUUUGGGGAUCAUAUCCAGCUCACCAUUCUUUGGCACUGUGGUGUUUACCGUUCUGGAGUGUCAGGUUUACAUCUUUCUCAAUGUUUUCCUCAUCUGUCUGUCUAUCCUCACCAUCACGGCCAUCAGUGUGGAGCGUUACUUCUAUAUCGUACACCCGAUGCGUUAUGAAGUCAAGAUGACCAUCAACCUCGCUAUUGGCGUAAUGCUCCUAAUCUGGGUUAAGUCAGUCCUCCUGGCUUUGGUCACAUUGUUCGGGUGGCCAGCUUAUGGACAUCAGAGCUCCAUUGCUGCAGCUCACUGUUCUCUCCACGCGAGCCACAGUCGUCUGAGAAGAGUAUUUGCUGUGCUCUUCAGUGUGGUUUGUUUCCUACUUCCUUCAGUGGUUAUCUUUGCUGUUUACUGUGCUGUGUACAAGGUAGCUCGUUCUGCAGCCCUGCAGCAAAUCCCCGUUGUGCCAACGUGGGCAAAUGCGAGCCCUGCCAAGGAUCGCUCUGACUCCAUCAACAGCCAGACCACCAUGAUCACAACCACCCGAAAUCUGCCCCAAAGACUAUCUCCAGAAAGGGCCUUCAGUGGAGGCAAGGCUGCACUUACUUUGGUUUUCAUUGUGGGCCAGUUCUUGGUUUGUUGGUUGCCCUACUUUAUCUUCCACCUGCAAAUGUCUCUGACAGGCUCCAUGCAGAGCCCCGGGGACUUAGAAGAGGCAGUCACCUGGCUCGCUUAUUCCUCCUUUGCAGUUAAUCCAUUCUUCUAUGGCCUGUUGAACAGACAGAUCAGAGAGGAGCUGGUAAAGUUUCGACGUUGCUGCUUGACCCAGCCUGCGGAGUUUGGGGCAUCCAGCCACGAGGGUUCCCUUCAGGAGAACUUCCUCCAAUUCAUCCAGAGGACCAGCAGCACAGCUGAAACCCACUCCAGCUGUGCCAAUUCUAGUCCCAGAAACACUAUAGACAACAGGAUAAAGAUCCCUGGACAAAUACCUGAGGAACAUGCCUAA